AUGGCGUUUGGUGAAACGAUUUCCAAGGAAGAAACAAAUUGUUUAAGGAUUACUAAUUUCAUUCUCACUGUAGCCAGAGAUGUUGUUCGGAAACGCUUUGACUUAUUAUAUCCUCCAUCCACACUAGAAACAACUGUUCAAUCUAACUGGACAAAAAUAGAAGAGUUACAACAGAGAAAGUUGAUCACUUCCAAGCAAGUGGCGUUGUUGUUUACGCAAAAAGGCGAGGUCUCGGCUUCACUAGACAUCAAGACUAUGGUUGUACUAAUGACAUGUCUGACACAUAACUGUUCAUUUGAAUUACCGGAGGGUGCUGAUACUACACUGGAUGCAGACUUGUUACGCCUUCGGUGGUACCGAACUGAAAUAACUUACAUCAGUGAGGUCACAAUGGAAAAAUUUGAAACUCGCUGGUAUAGUAUAAGUCAAGCCGUACUAAGACUAGGAGGGGAAAGAUACACCGAUGUUUGCAAUCAACUAAAGACGGCUCCUUUACAUGCAAGCGACUCAUAGACAUUUGUAAAGCUUUAUAUCACUCUAACAGAAAAGUUUGCCGCUGAGAAUGUAGUUUAAACAUGAAUAAAUCAUGAAAGACACAAAUGAAUUUUAAAAAUCUGUUAAUUUUCUGUGUGAAUUCAUUUCAGUUAAAUCACAUAACUUGAAGGGAUUUUUCAGUCUUACCGUGUACAGAAACUUGUAUUUAUAUUUGACAAAUGAUAGAAGAAAUAAAUCAUCUAAAAAUCAAAAACGUGUUCUGGUUACAGAAAUGAUGAAUCAAUCAUGAAUGGGAAAUAUAUAUAUAAAUAUAUAAUCAUUGUUUGCACAAGCUCAUGAGCACUAUCAAAAGUUUAAUAACUUAGACUGCAAAUCAAAAUGUUUAUUGUUAAUGACCACUGAAGAUAAACAUUCACUUAAAAAGUUCAGUAUUUUUCUUAUCCAGAGUUUUGAAUUGAGAUCUCAACUUCUGAAAAUGGCUUAAUCUUUUUUGGUUGAUCCAUAUAUAUUUUAAGUUAAAAAAAUCAAUUUAAAUACACAUUACUCUAUCUUUGUGUAUUCAAAUUUCAUCUAUUGAUAUGUGAAUGCUUAUAUAUGCAUAAAUGAACUGCAUUUAAAUCUUUAAGGUGCUUAUCAUAUUCUUGAAGUUGUAAUAAAAAAUAUAAUUGUAUACAUAAAUAUCUAGUAAUUGGUUGGUAAUCCGUCGGGACUGCAUUUCAUUUGUAUUCAGCUCAAAACACUAUAUCUGUUUAAAUGGGAAUAAUCCUUACAUGAAAUGAUUUCCCAUAUUACUUAUAUUGCAUGUUCAGUGUUCUAUUGUGAUGUAUAUUAUUUUAUUAUUGCAUUAUUAUAACAAAAAUCACUGUAAUCAUUGAAUGAGAUUUAAAACC